UCAGGAGGUGAGAUUUCGUUGCAUUGACAAAUUAGAGGGAUUUCUAAUCAAAAGAAAAAAUAAAAUCAAAGUAAAGAAUCACUAUAUAUAUCGUAAGCUUCUCAUCACUUUCACUACGGGCUUUUCAACAGCUUUCACUAUCUCUUCACUGGCUUUCUUCUCUACAGGUACAUACCCUACUAUCAUAUCAUAUGAUUGUGUAUUUUUGUAUGCUUUUCGUAUAUAUUUGUUAUAAAUAACCCUCAUAUACAUGUUUGUCUAUUUGUUUGGUAUUGUUGAUAAUGCACUAGUGUUAUGGAUGAUGUACAAGAUGAUGUACAAAUUGUUAAAAAACGAAAAGGUUAUGGUCAAUGGACUCAGGAAGAGAGCAAAGCGCUACUAGAAAUUAUGGUUGAUGCCGCCAAUCGAGGAUGGCGUGACAAUAGCGGUGUCUUUACUAAACAAAUUGUGGAAGAUAGAAUUCUUCCUGCGCUUAACGCAAAACUUGGCUGUAAUAAAACUUAUAACCAUUAUUAUAGUCGACUAAAAUGGUUUAAAGGCCGAUGGAUCGCUUAUUCAACUCUUUUGAAGUUUAAUUCUGGUUUUGGUUAUGACUCAAUUUCAAAGAAGUUUACCGCUCCCAAUGAAGUAUGGGAUGACUACCUAAAGGCUCAUCCAAAAGAUAAAAGCUUGCGCGAUGGGGUAUCUGAUGAUUACGAGGACUUACAAAUUGCUGUUGGAGGCGGUGUCGCAAUUGGUAAAAAUUCGAUCGGAUUGGGUAAUGCUACGGAUGCAAGGACAUUACAAGCUAGUGAAGUGCAAGACACGUGCAUUGAUGACUUGACUUAUGAUCUUGAGGAGUUUGAACAAAACAAUUCGCCACUGACGGGUUCUCCUGAAGUUUUUGAGUUGCCCAAGAAAAAACUUCCAACUAAAAGAGCCAGAAGCGAUAACGAAGGAAGUUCUAACUCAAGUAGCAACAAUCCUAAAAGCGAUAUUUUAGAAAAUCUUGCUAAACUCACCACAACUUUUGAAGGGGUUUAUGGCUUAUUGCAAAAAAGGGAAAAUGAAAGGAUGUAUACAGCUUGGGAUGCUAUUAAGGAGGUGCCAAAUUUAAGUGAAGAUGUUCGUUUAGAGGCAUUUAACUUGCUUGACACCAAAACGAAAAAGGAUGGUUUCUUGAGAAUGACUCCCGAAGAAAGAGCAAAUUGGAUACUUCGCAUGAUGGGCAAAUAAUAAUUUUUAGAAUUUUACUUUACAAUCAUUGAAUACUUUUAAAUAAUCAGCGAUAUUUGAGUUAGAGGAAGUUCCCUUUGCUUGGGUGUAUGAUUAUAUGAGUUUGGUUUGAAUAAAAUUAUGAUGGCUGUCUUGUUUAUUUUCA